AUGACGCCAAACAGAGAAGCCGGUGCGGAAAUUCCAAUGUCGACUACCACUACUUCAGCUUCCCGUUCUACACAGCAACCUCAUCAACCUGCGGGAAACACAUUCUCAUCUCCUUCAGUAGGUUAUGCUCCAGUCCCGACAAAUCCACCACCCCCAGAGUACCCAUACCCAUUAGAGUCACCACCCCCCUAUCCAACAAAAGAAGCGGAACCACAGUACCCACCUCCAGGUCAAUCAUAUCCAUGGCAACAGAAUAUUGGCAGUGCACCAACCCCUGAGAGUCCAUAUAUCACAAUUGCACUUCUAUUGUUCUUAGUUUACGAUGCGGAGCAUUGUCUACCAGGAAACACCAACAAUCUGAAUCUGAAAUUAACUGGUUCGUAUGGAACUCUACAAAGCCCCGAGUACUACCCCCCGGAAUUGGUGUGUGAUUGGCUCAUCACUGUCCCGGAAGGGAGGAAAGUAGAGCUCAGCUUUGAAAGACUUGACUUGGAUUUUGAAACCGCCGAGCAUGGAUGCGAGGAUUACGUGCAGAUUCGUGAUGGAGAUUCAAAGCAGAGUGAUACGAUAGAGUAUUUCUGUGGUAAUGUAAUUCCAAAGCCCUUGAAGUCCAGCGGUCGGUAUAUGUACAUUCGUUUCUGUGCUGACAGUGUGUAUGACACACCACGCCGGGGAUUCAAGGCCACAUUCAAAGCCGUCAAGGAAUUCCGUAAGUUGGUAAUUUUAAAACUUAGGUAAUAUAACACCCUAGAAUGACUUCACAUUCUCACAACAAGUAAACUAUCAUAAAAGUAUAACGUUCCUAUUAGGCUUUCAGAUGGUUGGCCGUUUGAAACGAAUUCUGGUUUCGAAAGACUCUUCUGCCAAUUUUUUUUCCAGUUAAAGUGCCACUAACCCCCCAAAUUUUUUCCGCUAAUAUAAAUCUCCCUCUUUUCCUGAU